GGGCUUUCCGGCACGGUGUUUUAAUUAAAUAUCGCUCUUAAACUUUUUCCGCCACAAAAGACGUCCACCCUCUUCCCACGCCAGGCCCUAGAGAGAGGGGAAAAACUAAGGCCGAAAGAAUUUAGGAUGCACCCCCAGGGGUUGUUAUACCAAGGAGGCAAGGCAGGAGCACAAUAAUACCUAAUAUGUGUGCUUUUUUGAGAUUAAAGGCGGGAAGAUGAGCUACCUAAUUGACGCUCCUAUUGCAAAAGCUGCUGUUGAAAAGAAACAAUUUUUUUUUAUAAGAAGAGAAUGGAUGGAGAAGAGAAAACAUAUGGUGGGUGUGAGGGCCCAGACGCUAUGUAUGUGAAGUUAAUAUCCUCCGACGGCCAUGAGUUCAUUGUAAAAAGAGAGCAUGCAUUAACAUCAGGAACAAUAAAAGCUAUGUUGAGUGGACCAGGACAGUUUGCAGAAAAUGAAACAAAUGAGGUGAAUUUUAGAGAGAUCCCAUCCCAUGUCCUAUCCAAAGUAUGCAUGUAUUUCACCUACAAGGUCCGCUAUACUAACAGCUCUACGGAGAUUCCUGAAUUCCCAAUUGCACCUGAAAUUGCACUGGAACUUCUGAUGGCUGCAAACUUCCUAGAUUGUUAAAUAAAAUAAAUUAUAAUAAAAAAUGUAAAACUUUUUUCAGUAUUUAAUACAUGUAGUUCAGUUAGUAACUUUUUUUCAGAUAGCAUGUUGCGUGUGUGCUGUUGAGAACUGUAAAGUUCACUGCAGAGGCAAUUGCCUUCAGUCCUUUUGCAUAUAGCAAUCAUUCAGUUGAAGUUUGUUUUGCUGCUUACACAAAUAAGGACCUUUUCACAAACUGAGACAAAUAAACAAAUAUGCCAAUUAGUAGAUGGCUAUGCCUUAUCCUUUAGGUGUGGUAGAACUUUCUUUUAAUACAAUGACCAUAGAAAAUACUGGAGUUUAGUCUAAUGCUCUCUAAAAGUAAUUAUAGUUAAAUACAAGUAGCUGUUUAGGGUUUCUAACUUUCUCUUAUUGUUAAAGUUUCUAAACAUCUGAACUUAAUCUCCUUUGUAAGAUAGCUGUCCUUUAGAAUAGUUAUACUAACUAGAUUAGAAGUGCCCUCCCUAAGGUUUGUAUAUUGAUAGCAAUACUCCAUUUAGGUUGAAAGUGGAGUAUGUAGGAGAAUGCUUAAGGCUUUUAAUUUAAAUCAUAGUAUAGAUGUGUGUAAAGGUGUACUUGAUACGUUUUUCUUUCAGAACCUAAAUUUUCCCCAUUAGUAAUUACAAAUAUUUAAGUCACUUGUCUCUACAGUAAAACUGUGAUCCUACUGACAGUGGCUUUUAAGGGGAAAAAUAACUGUUAAAAUCUGUGUAUAUUAUCUUCUGUAUAACAUAUAAGGUUAUUCUUAAUGUACUGUCACUUGACCUGAUAUGGAUUUUAUAUGGUUUCAGUUAUGGUUUAUUUCCAUUGUUGUGAUUUGGUUAUGUAAAGUCCAUAUUUAAUCUUUAGAGUAGUAGUCAUUUAAAUUUUGUAACAUAGGAACUGAAAAGAUAGUAGUUAUCCUAUCUUUUACCUCUUCCUCGACCUCUCCCUUGUAUCCACAGAAAAAGACCCUGAAAUGUGGAGGUCUCUUACAUUUGAAGGAAAGGGCAUUAAGCAGAUGUUUAAGGAGCUGUUUUAUAAAUUUCAUAGGUAUUUCCAAUGUUUUUACAAAUAUUUUAGGAGAAAAGGAUUGGCAAGCCACUGACAUAAUACUGGAGUGGAACACAUCAUCUCUUGGUAGUUCCUGAUGGUAGUUGCCUAUACUAACAGUUCUUUGUUCAAAACAAGUUUCCAUAAAGAAAAAAAAAUUAAACUUGGGACAAGAAGUUGCUUUUUGUUCAGCUGCAGCCUGAAGAACCCUUCUGCCAAAAUAAUCUGUAAAUGAGAAUAAAUCUAAUACAUCAUAAAAAUGAUGCAAGAACAAUGUAGUUAGCAUUUCCAUCAGCUGCCACUGCUUCAGCUUUGUUUUGAUCAAGAAGUGGUUGUGGUCUUUUAUGGAAAAAUCCCACUGACAGAUGGUGGGACCUCUUUAUUGAUGUAUUAACUCAUGGUGAAUUUAGAGGACUGAAACUCUCUUCUAAACCUGUUUGUCAACGUAAAUACAACUUUGAAGAGAUUUUUCUGGACAAAAACUAGUAACUUACAUAGACUAUGCAGACUGCCCAUGGAGGAGUUCAGUUCUGACUAAUGAAAUUUUACUCUGGGCUUGAACAACACUUGAUAGACAAGCUGACAUUUGUCAAUGUGUUGAUAGAUUAGCUGACAUUUAUUCACAUCAUGUACUUUGGCACAAUUUAUUGUGUUUAAUGUGGGGAUGUUUAUGACUAGAUUGGUUUUCCACGAUAAAGCUGAAGUGCAUUGCAAGGCGAUUGUCUGAAAUCCUAUGUUUAAGCACUCUGGUCAGUGCUGUUAGUAACUCAUUUUCAAGAGCACUAAAAAGAUAAACCAGAGAUACCCUGUUAUGCUGCUUUUGUUAGAGCCACUAGGAAUACCCUAAAAGGUCAAGGAAUACCGACGUGGAUAUUUUAGUCCCAACUACAUUUCAGUCUGAGCGAAUCUUAAGUUCUUUGGCCAUUUUUAAUAGUCUUGAGGUUCAUGACUUGAAGUUAAAAAUUAUUUAGUUUAAAAUGGAAGUAAAAAGGAUGUCAUUUUUUUUUAAGUGUUUUUUUCUUUUUUUUUUCCUCCCUUUUUAAGCAUUCCAAAACAAUCUCCUGUUAAAAUACAUUGCAUUUUAUGAUUCCAUACUUCAGCAGCAAGGUAAAAUAGCUGGUUUAGUUCUGAAUAAUAAUUUUGUUGUUUUUCCUUCAGCUUAAUGUAUCAUACAGUAGCUUUGAACACUCAGGAAAUGCAGUAGUGUCCUAGAGCACACUAUUUGCAAAACCACCGGCUGUUAAAACUAACGUGCAGAUUUCUAAGGGGGAGGGGGGCAGAGGGAAUUAGUGCAAUUUCCGUGAUAGUGACAUGGGUAUGCUAUUAUCAGACGAUUGGAAACUUACCACACUUAACCCCUGAGUUCUAAAUAAAUUUCAAAACUGAAAAUUUUUAAA